GGCGCUAUAAGAGGGCGGCGGCCGCGGGGCACCCUGCGCGGGGCCAGGAGCGCGAUGGUCAGCCGCCGUGGCGCGGCAAGAUGCUGGAUGGGCCCCUGUUGGCGCGCUGGCUGGCCGUGGCCUUCGCGCUGACGCUGCUGCUAGCUGCGCUGCGUCCCUCGGCCGCUUACUUCGGGCUGACCGGCAGUGAGCCCUUGACCAUCCUCCCGCUGACCCUGGAGCCCGAGGCAGCCGUACAGGCACACUACAAGGCCUGCGACCGGCUGAAGCUGGAGCGGAAGCAGCGGCGCAUGUGCCGCCGGGACCCGGGCGUGGCAGAGACACUGGUGGAGGCGGUCAGCAUGAGUGCCCUCGAGUGCCAGUACCAGUUCCGCUUUGAGCGCUGGAACUGCACCCUAGAGGGCCGCUACCGGUCCAGCCUGCUUAAGCGAGGCUUCAAGGAGACUGCCUUCCUCUAUGCCAUCUCCUCGGCUGGCCUGACGCACGCACUGGCCAAGGCCUGCAGUGCAGGCCGCAUGGAGCGCUGUACCUGUGAUGAGGCCCCUGACCUGGAGAACCGUGAGGCCUGGCAGUGGGGUGGCUGUGGAGACAACCUCAAGUACAGCAGCAAGUUUGUCAAGGAGUUUUUGGGCCGACGGUCGAGCAAGGACCUGCGUGCCCGUGUGGACUUCCACAACAACCUCGUGGGUGUGAAGGUAAUCAAGGCUGGGGUGGAGACCACGUGCAAGUGCCACGGUGUGUCAGGCUCCUGUACCGUGCGGACAUGCUGGCGGCAGCUGGCACCCUUCCAUGAGGUGGGCAAGCGCUUGAAGUACAAGUAUGAGACGGCGCUCAAAGUGGGCAGUACCACCAAUGAGGCUGCCGGUGAGGCAGGCGCCAUUUCACCGCCAAGGGGCCGGGCCUCGGGCAUAGGUGGUGAUCCACUGCCCCACACACCAGAGCUUGUGCACCUGGAUGACUCGCCCAGUUUCUGUCUGGCUGGCCGCUUCUCCCCAGGCACUGCUGGCCGCAGAUGCCACCGUGAGAAGAACUGUGAGAGCAUCUGCUGCGGUCGAGGCCACAACACACAGAGCCGGGUGGUGACACGGCCCUGCCAGUGCCAGGUGCGCUGGUGCUGCUAUGUGGAGUGCAGGCAGUGUACGCAGCGGGAGGAGGUAUACACUUGCAAGGGCUAGCGCCAGGUAGCCAGGCUGUUGAAGAGGUGCAGGCAGCGUGUACAGCUGAGGCAUCUACAUUUGCAGACUGAGCCCCAGGCUGGGUGCCCCCAGCACAUUUGGGCAUGAGGCGGGGGCAGGAGUCCAGCCUGUUCUGACCUCCGCAUACCCUCUGCUUGUCCCUCCCCGGAACCUGACAGCAUUGCACUGAUGCUUUCCAGACUGUGUCUGUCCCUAAGAGUCCAGUUCCUGUGUCACAGCGCCCCUCACCACUUGGGCUUCCUCUGAGGAGCAUGGGUCACCUUUGUGACCACACAGGCCCUCUGUGGCUUCCUGUGGGCUGUCCUCCACCAGCUCUGGUUAGAGUCAAACCACUAGGAGAGGGACAGCCAACUACCCAGGUGUGGUGGGGGGACACUGCUGCUCCCCUCUGACAUCAAGCACUUCUAUUUGGAGUGAUAUCAGUGACUUUUAAGUUAUUUUAAUUUAACUAAUAUAUAAUAAUUAUUUUCUUUGUCCCCACUAUGUCCUAAGCUGUGGCUCUUCCAGACCGGAGAAGCGCCUUCUUCUCUCCUUGCCCCCUCCCCAGACUUCUUUCCCUGAUCUGCUUUGUGUUUGAAACCACUAAGUCAAGAGAGACAUUGCUGUCGUUGUUCUAAAGAAUUAAAGCGAGCUGUGUCUGGCCACGUCCCCUCAGGGCUUCUGGAAGUCAGGUCCAGUCUGCUGCCCCCAGGGAAGCCAUUCUGGGAAGGGCACCUGUGGGUACACAGCCCUGCACUCCAGCCCCCAAGUGCAGAUUCUGGGGCCUGGGAUGGCAAGGCUGGCCUGCCCUCCCCAAGGGGUAUGUGUGGGCAGAGGGGCAGGGCCAGCCCCUUGGAGCGUUUAUUUCACUAGGAAGGCACAGCUUGCUCUUUGUCACUGUGUGGGAAGCAGGGUGGGGAUAGAUGUGAUGGAGUGUGUCUGGGACUAGGAUUUGGCAACUGGAAGGAUGUGUUCCUUGGCCAUGCUGUUGUCUUUGCUGGAAGGGGAAAAAGAUGGCCUACACUGACCUGGUUUGGUUUUAGUGUGUGUACAUGUGUGCAUGUGUACUUGAGCAUGCAUGUAUAGCAUGUGCAUGUAUGAGUUGCAUGUGUGUGAGCACAUGUGAUGUAUAUGCGUGCAUGGGUACACAUGCCUGCUUGUGUGAGAGCACAUGCCUACAUGUGUAGUAUGUGUGCAUGUGUGUGCACGAGUGUGUGAACAUAUGCAUCUGUUCAUGGGUGUGUGUACAUGGAUGCAUGUAUCUCAGCAUAUGCCUGUGUUAUGUACAUGUGUUACGUGUGCAUAUGUGUGGAAGCAUGGGUGAUGAGCGUGCAUACAUGCAUAUAUGUGAGCGUGCAUACAUGCAUAUAUGUGAGCAUGUGCCCAUGAAUGUCUGUUGGUGUGUUUUGUGGGUGGCUGGGCUGUGGCUUCAUUCACCCUGUACCCUUAGUUACUGUGGGUCUUUCCUUUCCACAUUGACGUGAAUGGCAGCCUUGGCUCUGGAGCUUCUGCCCUGGGCCUGUCCUGCUUGGCUGGGUGGCUGUGCUCCAAGGGUGCAGGUAGUGUGGAAGCAGGAACUACUGAGCUAGGGCAUUCCUCGGAGUCCCAGGGGGCUCCAGGAACCCCAGGGAACUGUGUUUCUAAAAGAAAACCUAUUUAUGUUGAUGUGGGUCUCUCUGUCCCUGUUUUAUGGUGUAAAUAGUAAAAUUUAUUCUCCUGUGGUUCAGAGAACACUCAGUGAAUAACUGCUGUGGAGGCCCAUCCUGGAAGGGAGCCAAAGGCUCUUUAGUGGCAGGAGAUGUGGACCUGCCCCUUGGUCUCUGCAGGCCUGGUUGGACAGGGGGUGAAUUAAGGGGCAUCCUGGUCAUCCCCAUGCAUCCUUACCUGCUGGGGCCCAGAGCAGGUAGAGUGGCAUGUUCCCAUGACAAGACUGUAGCCAGUCACUACUGGGUCUGGAAA